AUGUCUUCUAAUGCCUCCGGCUUCACGGCCGCGCUGCUGAAGCCAAACUCCCCGACGGCGCCCGCGCGCACACAGGUCUUCGCGGCCUUUGCCGCGGUGGCCUGGUACAAUGCUAUCGAGCUCACCGUGAUAUGCUUCAUGUCCUUCAAGCGUCGACAUGGCUGUUACUUCUGGAGCUUGCUGGUGGCAUCUCUAUGUAUCAUCACGCACUGUCUAGGCGCCGUCCUGCUGUUCUAUCCGACCGGGGCGAACCCCUACUUUUGCGUCACACUCAUGUCCCUGAGUUGGUAUGGCAUGGUGACCGGUCAAUCCCUCGUCCUGUGGUCCCGUCUGCACCUGGUCGUGCACAAUUAUCGAAUCAUCUGGGGAGUCCUGUGCAUGAUCGUGGUCGAUGCCGUCCUCUUGCAUGUCCCCACGACAGUGCUCCUGUACGGCACGAUCGCCACCCCCGUCGGCCCUUGGACUCGCGGAUACGGCAUCAUGGAGCGCAUUCAACUGGUCGGGUUCUGCAUUCAGGAACUGAUCAUCUCCGGUAUCUACAUCUGGGAAACGGUCAAACUGCUCAAGCUUCGACCGCAGGGUCGGUCCUCGGGCAUCCUGCACACCCUGCUCACCAUCAACAUACUCAUAUUGUUCCUGGACAUCGCGGUCGUCCUGAUUGAGUACAUCGGUUUCUAUGCCGUGCAGGUCCUCUUCAAACCUGUCGUCUACAGCAUCAAACUCAAGCUCGAGUAUGCGAUUCUUGGGAGAUUGGUGGCGAUUGCUCAGCCCGCUCAGACCGACCAUUACGAAGAUAUCCCAUCCAGCGCGCGGGAUGUCAAUUCGCUGCCGUCGUCGCAGGAAACACCGCCUCAUCCGCCGGUUGCCCAACGUCCGAAUCCCCGUCGCCUAUAUAGUUUCCCUUGGUACCGAGAAAGCUCUAUUCAUUCGCCAUAUGCAUCACCGUGA